AUGCCUCAGGAGGGUAACAAGCAUAGUGUGGUGAGUCGGGAGAAGGCGAGUAUGGAAGGCCACAUGUUCGACGUAGUUGUGAUAGGAGGUGGCAUCUCAGGAUUGGCAGCUGCCAAACUCUUAGCCAAACAUGAAGUUGAUGUUUUGGUCUUGGAAGCCCGAGACAGAGUUGGAGGAAGAACGUAUACUGUGAGGAAUGAGCAUGUUGAUUAUGUAGAUGUUGGCGGAGCAUAUGUGGGACCAACCCAGAACAGGAUUUUACGGUUAUCCAAGGAGCUGGGCUUGGAGACUUAUAAGGUGAACGUCAAUGAACGUCUUGUUCAAUAUGUCAAGGGGAAAAUUUAUCCAUUUCGUGGUGCCUUUCCUCCAGUGUGGAACCCGAUUGCAUAUCUGGAUUACAAUAACCUGUGGCGGACAAUGGAUAAUAUGGGGAAGGAGAUUCGGGCUGAUGCUCCAUGGGAUUCUCCACAUGCUGAGGAAUGGGACAAGAUGACCAUGAAAGAUCUCAUUGAUAAAAUCUGCUGGACAAAGACUGCUAGGCAGUUUGCUUAUCUCUUUGUGAAUAUCAAUGUAACCUCUGAACCCCAUGAAGUAUCAGCCCUUUGGUUCUUGUGGUAUGUGAAACAGUGUGGAGGCACCACUCGAAUCUUCUCAGUAACCAACGGGGGCCAGGAACGAAAGUUUGUGGGUGGAUCUGGCCAAGUGAGUGAGCAGAUAAUGAAACUUCUUGGGGACCGGGUGAAGUUGAGGAAUCCUGUCAGCUAUGUUGACCAGUCGGGUGACAAUAUAAUCAUCAGAACUUUAAAUCAUGAAGUUUAUGAGUGCAGAUACGUUAUUAGUGCUAUCCCACCAACACUAACAUCUAAGGUCCACUUCAGACCAGAACUACCAUCUGAGAGAAACCAGUUAAUUCAACGUCUUCCGAUGGGGACUAUCAUUAAGUGCAUGAUGUACUACAAGGAACCCUUUUGGAAGAAGAAGGAUUAUUGUGGCUGCAUGAUCAUUGAAGAUGAAGAAGCUCCAAUUUCAAUAACUUUGGAUGACACCAAACCAGAUGGGUCAUUGCCUGCUAUCAUGGGCUUUAUCCUGGCCAGGAAAGCCCAUCAAUUUGCUAAACUCCAUAAAGAAAUCAGCGGUGUUCCCCAGUCUGGCGGCGGCGUUCCCCCGGUCUGGCAGGCGGCCGCGUGCGUUUCCCCUGGUCUGGCAGGCGGCCGCGUGCGUUUCCCCCAGCGGGCGGCGGGAGUGAUUCGCCAGCCAGUGGAUAGGAUUUACUUUGCUGGUACUGAGACAGCCACACACUGGAGCGGCUACAUGGAAGGAGCAGUAGAGGCUGGGGAAAGGGCAGCUAGAGAGGUCUUGAAUGCUUUGGGAAAGGUGGCCAAGAGAGACAUCUGGGUGCAUGAACCAGAAUCAAAGGAUGUACCAUCUAUGGAAAUAACCCAUUCCUUUUGGGAGAGGAACUUGCCUUCAGUGACAGGUCUGCUGAAGAUUAUGGGGUUUUCAACAUCAAUAACUGUCCUGUGGUUUGUGGUGCACAAAUUCAAGAUGUUAAAUCGACUCUGA